GUUGCCGUCAUUUACAUGGCGACCGUGUACCGACGUGACCGUGUCGAAUAGUUUUUGAACGUUUUUCUCGAUAGCGGGGAAGCCAUUUUUGUAUUGUUUUAACCAAACGACGAACAAAAUGAGUCCCAACUCCAACUGGAGUAGCGCGCAUGAUGAAAUUUUAAUAGAUUUCGUGCGUACCCAUGAAGCUAUUUAUAAUAUAAAAUGUAAAGAAUACAGAAAAACUCAGUUGAAACAGAAUUUAUGGCGGCAAAUCGGGAAAAUUUUAAAUAAGACAGAUACUGAUUGCUCCAAGAGAUGGUGCUACAUAAGAGAUUAUUAUAUUCGACGAAGAGGAAAACCUGGUACUGGUUCAAGCAGAGAAGCAGCGAAGAAGAGGUCUGAUCUUCUGUCAUUCUUGGACAGCCGUCCUUCGUCACAAAGAAGCAGUAUUACGAAUCUUAUAGAUGAAAACCGAGAAGACAGUAUAAUAAUGGAAAAUAAUCAUGAUAACAGCGCAGGAACACAAAACCCAGAAGACAUAAGUAUAAUAAUGGAAAAUACACACAAUAUAAGCGAAGGAUCACAAUCCAAUACUCAGGAAGUAAAAUAUUUGAUAUGUGAUAAUGAUAAUGAUGAAAAAGAAAUGAAUACUAAGAGUCAUAAGAGACGGAAAAAUAAUGCAGAUGCUGAAGAACGCCUAAAUUUAGUGAGGCAAAUUGUUAAUCGACAUUCUACUCCAACUGAAUUAGAUGAAACCGAACUCUUCUUUAGUUCUAUAGCAAAAAUCGUAAAAAAGCUUCCAAGGUACGAGCAAGUACAAUUAAGGAUGCAAAUUGGAUCAUUAGUUGGUAACGCUGAAUUGCGACAUAUUUCUAAUGAUUCACCUCAAAGCAGCACCUUCAGCGUCCAGCCACCAAGACCUAGUACUAGCAAUAGUGAUUCUUAUUAAAAUGUUCCUUCACCAAUGUCCAUCACUAGUACUGCGAGUACAAUUAGUGCUCAUUCACAAAUCGUAGCUCCUUCUCAAAAUGGCACUCAUUUAAUUACAGUGGAAGAGCAUCCAGACAAUCGUUUUAUCACAUUAGAUGAGCAAGGACAAAUAUAUUUGAUUUCGCAAACAGAUGAUCAAACAUAAUGUAUUACCUGAUAAUAAGAAAUAGUUGUUAAUAAACAAAGCAUAAAAUAAAAUGUUUUUGUAUUGAUUAAAGAACUUACCUAAAAGUAUACAUAGUUUUUUAUCUGGGCUUAUUAGAUUUUUGUGUUGUUGUAUGGUUUGUAUCUCAAAUCAUCCCUUAUGUAGUUAAGUACAUAAUCAAAUAAUACUGGUGUUAGGCGAAAGUAUUCUCUGAAUUUCUCAGCAUUGCUUUGUAGACGGCGACGUACCAAAACCUCAAAUGCACCUUCCGUACUACGAGUUUUGAAUAAAUCACCUUCCUCCGUACGUCUAUUUUUUUCUUCUGAUGAGAGCUCAUCCUCCAAGUUAAUUAUUAAUUCUACAUCAAGGUCGUCCAUUUUUCUUUUCGACUGAUUGGUGGCCGUAACGGUGCUGGUACUUUCCACAUGUUGUCACCGUAAAGACGACCGUCUUUUUGCGUUCAAAUAAUUCAUCCGUUAUGUGACGGCACCGCUGUUCUAGGAAACAGAGCUGCCGGCGCUGUUAUGGCGGAGCGCAGCACGGUUUUUUAUUGUCAAAAUAUUACCGACAUUUUCUUCAUAGAAAUAAUGUUCAAAAUUCACUAACACAAGAUUAAAUUGCAUUACAUUGUUGUUAAUUGAUUUUGAAUAUUAUUUCAAUGAUGACAACGUCGAUAACAGUUUGACAGUAAAAAAUUCUUACUACUACUUCUCACAUGCGACGGCCCGAACACAAUUAUUCCAAAAAUAUUAU